AUGCGACGCCCAGACCUGAGUCCUUCACUUCUUCAUCCUGCGAACUAUGACAAUGAUGCCUCGUCAUUGCGGUCGCCCUCCGAGCAGGACUCCGACUCCGACGACGAUGCCCUCCUUCAUCAGAACCGCAGUACCUUGGAGAUCGCAGAGCACGACCGGGCGGUCCUGGAAGAGGAGGAGGAGUUAGAGAAUCUCUUGACCAGGCGAGGCGCUGGACAGGGGCUGCGGAGGAUGUUCAGCCCGCAUAGUGCCAGCGUGAGAAUUGGGAAAAAGAACAAGGAGCGCCGACCGCGGCGGAAUUCCCGCCGGGAGAGGGUCAGUGAGGAUGGUGAAUUGAUGUACGAGAUGGAGGAAGGGUUUGGCGAUGACAAUGCCUCUCUAUUGAGCGGGUCGUCGUUGGAUUUGGAUGGGAAGGACGAGUACACAUAUGACCCGCCCCCUCGGCCUUCAUGGAAAAAGUUCUUGUUCAUUGGUGCCCUCAUCGUCAUACUCUUCUUCAUCCUCGUCCUUGGGGCGUACAAAGCCUCAAGUGGCUUCCGAGCUUCUCGCGCCCAGCCUGUACCCCUGCUCUCGAAUGGCACCGCACUCUUCGCGCCUACCACGAUCGUUAUCUCGCUCGAUGGUUUUCGAGCCGACUUCCUCGACCGCGGCCUGACCCCUGCGCUCAACUCCCUUGUCGCCAAUGGCGUCUCCCCGCAAUACAUGACCCCCAGCUUCCCGAGUGUCACCUUCCCCAACCAUUUCACGCUCAUGACCGGGCUAUAUCCCGAGAGCCACGGAGUUGUGGGAAAUACAUUCUGGGAUCCGGAGAAUGAUGAGGAGUUUAUCUCCACCCAUUCAUCUAUCAGCAUGCAACCCAAGUGGUGGAAUGCCGAACCGCUCUGGGUUACAGCUGAAAAGCAACGUGUGAAGACUGCCAUUCACAUGUGGCCCGGAUCUGAGGCACACAUCCCAGACAGGGAGCCAAGUAUUGUUGACAAAUACAAUGCGACAGAAGAAUUGUCCCGCAAGGUUAAUCGAGUUUUGGAACUUUUGGAUCUCCCUGGCCUCGAGGAUGGGUCGCAGGUGGAACCUGAGCGCCCGCAGUUUAUCGCAGCCUACGUCCCAAACGUGGAUAGCCAUGGGCAUAAAUUUGGACCCAACAGCACUGAGAUUCGAAAGACAAUUAGUCGAGCGGAUAGCAUGGUUGCCGACAUCAUGGCUGGUCUUGCUCAGCGAAACCUGACAGAUGUGGUCAAUGUUGUUGUUCUAUCAGACCAUGGGAUGGCUACGACAUCCACAGAAAGAGUCGUCCAACUAGACGACCUCAUUGACUACAAUCUGAUUGAACACCGCGACGGGUGGCCAUCUAUUGGUAUUCGCCCGAAGCGGCCAGAAGAUCUGCCAAUCCUGCAAGCACAACUGGAGAAGGUAGCCCCAGAUUGGGAGCAUGCGUUCGAGUUCUACACAAAGGAGACAAUGCCGGAACGCUAUCACUUCUCAAACAACGACCGCAUUGCACCACUGUGGGUCAUUCCGAAGACUGGCUGGGCCAUUGUCGAUCGGUCAGAAUGGGACGUCGAGGCAGCUUUGAAGGCUGGGGAAGCUUAUUACCCAAGAGGUAUUCACGGUUAUGAUCAUGAGCAUCCGUUGAUGCGUGCCAUUUUCAUUGCGCGUGGUCCAGCUUUCCCGCAUCAGCCUAAUAGUCGAGUUGAAGUGUUCCAAAAUACCGAGGUGUAUAAUAUUCUUUGCGACUCACUGGGCGUAGAUCCUCGUCCGAGCAAUGGCACUCUGCGUCUGCCAUUUAAGCCCAUCGGACUCCAUUCCGACGAAGAUGCUCCAGUCCUGGAUACACCUCCUGAUCCACCAGCUCUGGUUCAGACUUCUGCAACAGCAGAACCCUCAACCUCGGCACCGGCACCAGCGCCACAACCUACCACUUCAUCUGAGACACCACCUGCUACCGACAAUGAUAGAGACAAUGACGGUGAAAAGGGUACAACCUGGUGGAACUCGGUUUGGGACAAACUAGAUGAUUUCAAGCAUUGGGCUGGCGGUGUUGCUGAUGCUAUCAAGGGUAAUCACCCAGAGUCGCAGGGCUGA